GUUGUGUGGUGCCGUGUAAUUUUUUCGAUUUUCUAACCGUGUUCUAACCUAUAAUUUUCCGGACUUUUCAUUUUUGUAAUUAUUAUGAGUAGUUAUCUUUAAGUUAUAAAAAUGCCCAUUGAUCACAAGAGAAUUAAUGGCCCUGAGGACACGUUGCCAUAUCAGUUGUUUACAAAGCUAAACAGAAAAAGUUUGGAGCAAAAAUACAAAGAAUUGGUUCAAGAUGGAAAAAGACAUGAUUCAAGGGCCCCACUGGAGCAUAGAAAAAUUUUUAUGAAAACAGGAGUUGUAAGUCAAGCUAAAGGAUCAGCAUAUAUUGAAGUAGAAAAGACAAAGGUAAUGGUAUCAGUAUUUGAUCCUAGAGAGAUACCAAAUAGACAAGACUAUAGCUUAAAGGGGGAAAUCUACUGUGAAUUUAAAUUUGCACCAUUCAGUUGUGAGAAACGUAGACUACAUCAACUGGAUGCUGAAGAGAAACAGUAUAGUCAAAUAAUGAAGAAGGCUUUAGAAGCAACAGUGUGCCGUCAUGAGUUUCCUAACUUUCAAGUGGACAUUUAUGCUUUGGUGCUGCAUAAUGAUGGAUCAGCUUUGAGUGCUGCUAUUACAGCAGCAGGUUUAGCUCUAUCACAUGCAGGUGUACCAAUGUAUGAUUUAAUCACCUCAGCAACUCUAGGGAUCCAAAAGGACACCAUACUGAUAGAUCCGACAACAAUCGAAGAGAGAAUAUGCAGAACACCAUUUUGGAAAGAAAAAGAAGAUAAUGAACAUGGUUUAGUGGUACUUUCGAUGCUUCAUACCCACAAUCAGGUUGCACAGUUUUACCAGAGUGGAAGCAUAUCUUUGGACAAGUUGCCACAUUUGAUUGAAACUCUUGAAAAGGCUUGUGCAGACACUAUACCUGUUAUCCAACAGUGCUUGGUAAAACAUGUGAUAAAGACUAUUAAGAAAAGUUCUAAUGUAAUUGAGGUGUAAUUACAAGCAUUUAUGUCAAUGCUUAAUCUGCAUUUUGCCAACAGUUAUUAUUUUGAUACCAUAUGACUGGAUUUUCAUUAACUUUUAUUGGAUAAAUAUAAGAUGGUGAUCUUUUUAUGAAACAAUUUUCCACUUUUUUGAGUUUUU